AUGACUGUACCUGCUAGAGAUCCCCUUCACAACCCUUUGCAUAUUCUCAAAACAUAUAAGCGAGACCAUGGUAGGCCAGCCUACAUCGCUGGACCCAUGGUGAGGUAUUCCAAACUUCCAUUCCGUGAGCUUGUCCGCCAGUUCAAUACAGAUAUCGUGUAUACGCCGAUGAUUCUUGCACGGGAAUUCGUCAGAAACGAGACUGCUCGCGUUAGCGACUUUUCCACAAACGACGGCGAUAAACCAGUGGUUGUCCAGGUUGGCGUGAACAACGUCGAAGAUCUUCUUAAAUUUGUUGAUAUGAUACACCCUUACGUGGACGGAAUCGGUUUAAACUGUGGUUGCCCUAUCAGAGAACAGGUGAGAGAAGGCAUAGGUGCAGCCCUCAUGUCGGAGCCAGAACUUGUUUCCAGUAUGGUCAAAGCGGUGAAAGAGAAAUAUGGAGACAAAGUGUGCAUUGAGACGAAGAUCAGAAUUCACAAGGACCUUGAUGAGACGAUCAGGUUCGUGAAAAUGGUGGAAGCUGCUGGUGUAGAUUAUAUCACUGUUCAUGGACGUACCAAGACCACGCGAUCUUCGCAGCCAGCAGAUUGGAAUGCCAUUAAGUUGGUGAAAGAAACUGUCAACGUGCCUGUGGUAGCCAACGGAGAUUGCUUUUCCUUGGAGGACGCUGAGAAGAUCGCAGAGCUCACUGGUGUGGAUGGGAUCAUGGCUGUGAGAGGCAUAUUAGCCAACCCAGCACUUUUUGCUGGCUACAAUAUAACGCCUUGGGCUGCAGUGGAAAUUUUCUGGGACUUGGCUUCCAGUUAUGGACUCCCAUUUCGUAUUACACAGCACCACUUAUCCCAGAUGAUGGACAAGUUGGUUCCCAGACGGUACCUCAAGGAGAUGUGCGAGUUGACGAACUUGGUGGAUAUGAUAGACUGGUUUGAUGACCACUUCGUGUUGAGAAGACGUGGAGAAUCUGGCUUUGCCACUGCUGAAAAGCCAGAUUGGAAGACGGCGAGAGAAAACUUUGCUCGCAUCUAA